AUGGACGGUGUACACGAGACAGGCACGCCGACUGAACCGCUUCCACCUCAGUUGUCUCCGUCGCAUCCUGAGGCUGAACUGGCAGGAUCGAAUCCCCGACACGGAAGUACUGGAACGAACGGGAAUCCCCAGCAUAUACGCCAUACUGAAACAAAUGCAGCUGCGCUGGAGCGGCCAUCUGGUGCGCAUGGACGACGAGCGACUACCCAAACGACUCUUCUACGGAGACGUCGCGACGGGUUCUCGUCGUCAAGGAGGCCAAAUUCGCCGCUACAAGGAUACUCCGAAGUCCUCCCUGAAGCGCCUGCAAAUCAACCCGACCAACUGGGAAGAGGUCGCUCGCGAUCGUCCGACAUGGAGGAGAACAGUGAAGACGGCGCUGCUAUCUAUGAAGCCAACCGAAUCGCGGCCGCCAAAGCGAAACGCGAAGUCCGCAAAUCACAACUUCGCCCAAUCCGCAACGCCGCCGCAGAACCGCUCCCUACGUGUCCUCGAUGUCAACGGACAUUCCGGGCACGAAUCGGACAUGUUGGACAUCUUCGGAACAACCGCACCUCUCGAACUGCUCCAGCCAUCGUCCCCCCGCCCGCCUCUUCCUCGUCCUCUCUUCCGCCAACUAACUCUGACACUCCUUCUGCACCACCACUUCCAUCCUACUCCUUCUCCUCUACUGCCCCAGCGGCGGCCGUUCAGACUGCCGUCUCACACAUCACCAACCGCGACAUAAUAACCGCCACCACCCCCACCUCUCCCGAUUCCAGUGAUGAGAAUCAGGACUACACCUGCCCUCACUGCGAUCGCACCUUCACUUCACGCAUUGGCCUGGUCGGUCACUUGCGAAUCCAUCGCACAGAGACUGGCGAACCAGUGCCUGGAGCACCAACCUACACUUACCGCACUCGCCUCCACUGCCCACACUGCCCUCGCACCUUCACGCAUCGCAUGGGUCUAUUCGGCCACAUGCGCAUCCACGACGACCUGCGGUAG